AUGGCCACAGAAUGGGGCGGACAGGGAAUCGGCGAAGAUCCCAACAGACCCCCAAGCUACCCUGGUCAAAAGCUCUGCGAAAGGCUGUCCGGAAGGCAAGGCCAUUGGUCUGGCAAGGAACAGGUGAACGUCGAAUUUCGACCAAACGAUGUCGUGCCUCUAAAGGACGACACGCAGGUCGAAUACAAGGGAACAUAUGGGCGCGUGUGUCGUAGUAUUUUGACCGUUGGGGAGGAAACAAUCGUCGUGGCACGAAAGGAAAUGCGACUUUCUGAAGUUUCAGAAGAAAAGGUCAAUCGUGAAGUGAAGAUUCUCCAAAGCCUAAGGCAUCGCCACCUGGUUACCUUUAUCGGGUCAUUUACGGCCAGGGGUUUUGCCAGCAUCCUGGUGUAUCCGUUUGCGACGUGCGAUCUGGAGAAGCUGCUAGAGGAACUGGAUUAUGCACAGUAUCACGAACAAAAAGACACAGUGAGCACUCUGCUUGCUGAGCUCGGGUGGAUCCCAACCACCACCAAGGCAGCUCAGUGGAAGCCGGGGGAUAUUUUCCCCAAUCUGCGACGCAUCUGCGGCUGUGUAUGCAGCGCCCUUCUUUACCUGCACCAACACCGGAUCCGCCAUAAGGAUAUAAAACCAUCAAAUGUGCUUGUCGGCAAGGAUGGGGUCUACAUCACUGAUUUCAAUAUCUCCAAGGCAUUCGAGAACGACCGGUCAUCUCGUACUAUGGGCCCCUACGCCGGAACAAGGGUAUAUAGUGCUCCCGAGUGUGUUUAUGACGCUCGCUCCUAUCCAUCGGAUGUUUAUUCCCUCGGCCUCAUCUUCAUGGAGAUAUAUACCUAUAUCCUGGGCAGACCUAGGUCUGAGAUGGGAGAGUACACCAGGUCCAACCUCUCACUUUCUAAGGACUCGCAGAUCCGACACGCUGCAUUACGGGUUCUGUGGGUGAGGGUCAUCUUCGAUGGGGCUGGGAGGGGCGACUUUGGCAUGAGCAGUGGAAUGCAAGAGCUGAUAUUGAGAAUGAUAAGCGAGAAUCAGGACGCACGACCUGAUGCUUUCGAGGUCCUGUCUGGGCUCUGGGUUUAUAGUCCAUCGGGAGACUUUUUCUGCAACGAAUGUAGAAAGCAUCGAGGCUGGGUCGGUUACAAGGGCCUUGAAAAGCGGUAUCAGGAUUCCCUGAAAGAGAAAGCUAGCUUAGAGAAGAGAUCAGAGCAAGCGCGCGAGGAGGUGAAAGGAGGUCAAUCAGGUAGUAGUCCUUUGCCACAAUCAAGCGAGCGAUCACCAUCCCAGAUCUCUGUUCUUCGCAGCCCCAGGACAGGACCGACUGUGGCACGCAACAAGAGUGGACAGCGAUUAGAUUUGGACAGUUUGAGUUAUGCGAGGCAUGUUAGGAGGAGCUUGAGACAUUGCGGUAUCUCACACGCGCGCAAGCUCCUUGCAACUCUGGAAAUGGUUGCAAGUACCCGAAAUGUAUAUAUGGCCAUAUGUGCCCACAGGGUCCACUUUGGGGAGGACAUGCAUAUAUCCGAUACAGUUCCGGUACUCUCUGAUUUGUUAGAUUGA